AUGGAGGCCACUUCCCAGAACUCCACUGACUUCAUCCUCCUGGGCUUUACUGUCCACCGGACCCUACCGGGGCUGAUCUUCACUGUGGUUUUCUCCAUCUUUGUGGUGGCUGUCGUGGCAAAUGUGGUCAUGGUGCUGCUCAUCCACUUGGACCCCCAACUGCACACACCCAUGUACUUCCUGCUCAGCCAGCUCUCCCUCAUGGACACGGUCUACAUCUGUGUCACAGUUCCCAAGCUGCUCCAGGACCUGCUGUCUGAACAGAGGACCAUCUCCUUUCUGGGCUGUGCAGUCCAGAUCUUCCUCUACGUGACCCUGAUCGGGGCAGAGUUCUUCCUGCUGGGCCUCAUGGCCUAUGACCGCUACGUGGCUGUGUGCAGCCCCUUGCGCUACCCGGUGAUCAUGAGCCACAGGGUCUGCCUGUACAUGGCGCUGGGCUCCUGGCUGGGCGGCUCCCUGGACGGCUUCAUGCUGACGCCCGUCACCAUGAGUUUCCCCUACUGUGCAUCCCGGCAGAUCAACCACUUCUUCUGUGAGAUCCCAGCCGUGCUACGGCUGUCCUGCAUGGACACAUCGCUGUAUGAGACCCUGAUGUAUGCGUGCUGCAUGCUGAUGCUGCUGGUGCCCAUCUCCAUCAUUGCUGUGUCCUACACACGCAUCCUGCUCACCGUGCAUGGCAUGACCUCAGCGGAAGGUCGGCGCCGAGCCUGGGCCACCUGCUCCUCGCACGUCCUGGUGGUGAGCAUUUUCUAUGGGGCAGCCUUCUACACCAACGUGCUCCCCCACUCCUACCACACGCCUGAGCAUGACAAGGCGGUGUCCGCCUUCUACACCAUCCUCACGCCCAUGCUUAACCCGCUCAUCUACAGCCUGAGGAACAGGGAUGUGGCCGCAGCUCUGAGGCGGGUCCUGGGGAAAUCCACCUCUCCCCAAAGAGUCAGGGUCAGGCCAGACCCAGGGGAAGCCAGGGGGCCCACAGGAGCCGGAUGA